UAAAAAAUUUACGUAGGAAGUAAUAUAAAUUAGAAAAAGUAUUAACGUAUUAGCUUACUUCGUAAACGUAAAAAUUUACUCGUUAAGAUAACCUCGACAACUCUCAAAUGCCGAGGGUCAGAACUAAUAAAUCGCCCAAAUCCGGCGCAAUUUUGACUCGGUCUCGAGCAACAAAAACCACUCAGAACCAGACCUCUCGUAAACAGACCAAAACAACAAAAGCCGAAGCACCCAAUCAAGAAACAAAGACCAGGCCGAAGAAAGAUGAAACAAAAAAGAAAGGCAAAGAAAAUGCUGGUAGUAACAAAAACAGUAAGGAAAAGAAGGAAAAAAAGGGAAAGGAAGACAAAAAGAGACGGCUAGAGGAAGAGCUGGUUGAAGAUGAAGAUGGUGGUGAGAAAAAAGAAGCCACACCAAAGCCCAACAAGAGAAGGAGAAUCAUUCUUCCAGAUGAAGAUAGCGAUGCUGAAGUUGAUUCUGGAGAUGAGUACAAGCCUGAUAGUGAUGUGUCCCAGGAAUCAGAUGAAGGGUCAUUGUCUGAAGCUGUGAGUGACAGCGAACCAGCUAGCGAAAAAGACUCUGAUGAUGAGACUCCCAAGAAACGGAGGAGAGGUAAUAAUGGUAAAGCCGCUAAAAGCGCUGGAAAACAAACUAUAAAAUGUGACAUUCCACCAAGUGGCGUUGAACCAACAGCCUCAAAAGCUUCGGAUACCCGAUCUUGGCCACACUUGAAGUACGAAUUUUUACAGCCAGAUAAAAUUAAGGACGCAAUGAUGCGUUCUCCCGAACAUCCUGAUUAUGAUCCAAGGACUCUGUAUGUUCCCCAAAGCUUUAUGGAUAAACAAACUCCUGUUAUGCGACAAUGGUGGACUUUAAAAUCUCGUCACCAUGACUGUGUAUUAUUGUUCAAACUUGGUAAAUGGUAUGAAUUGUACCAUAUGGAUGCUGUCACUGGAGUAAAUGAGUUGAAUACAUCUUUCUUGAAGAGAGAAUUUGCUCUCUCAGGUUUUAUUGAAACUGCUUAUGGACGUUACUCAGCAAGUCUUAUUGAUAGAGGCUACAAAGUAGCAAGAAUUGAACAAAUGGAAACUCCAGAAAUGGCAGCUACACGCUACGCCAAAACAAAAUCGUCAAAGUUUGAUAAAGUUAUAAUCCGUGAGCUAUGCCAGAUCAGCUCUAAAGGAACGAGAAUCUACACAGCCCAAGAUACGGAGGCAGUGGCACCUACAUCAAACUAUUUGUUGUCGAUAAUUGAAAAACAAACGACUGGUUUACCUUUUUAUGGAGUUUGUUUCAUCGACACCUCCAUUGGUGAAUUUCAUCUCGGCCAAUUUCAAGAUGAUCGUUGCAACUCGAGGCUAUUAACUUUACUUGCUCACCAUCCACCUGCUCACAUUCUUUAUGAACGAGGCAACUUAUCGCCUACUACACUGAAAAUAAUAAACAACUUUUUGCCCAACGUAAUGAAAGAAGCACUGCAAAAAGAAGUGCAAUUCUGGACAUCAACGAAAGUUUUGAAGACCCUUUACGAGAAUAAUUAUUUCAAAAAAGAAGGAGAUGAGUCCGAAUUCACGUGGCCAACAAGCUUACAACCUUUCUUGAACAAAGCUGACAGCUCACAACUUAUGGCAUCAGAAGAUAAGGAGCUUGCAAUUAAUGCUUUGGGUGGCUGUGUGUAUUUGCUCAAAGAAUAUAUGUUAGACCAACAGUUACUUUCCUUAGGUCGGUUUAAAAUCUACAGCCCACCAGAUUUUACGAGUAUCAAGAAGGGAAGAAAGGAAAAGACUCAGUUUGCUCAUAACAUGGUCUUGGAUGCAAUUACGAUUAAUAAUUUGCGUAUCCUUGGAAGUGAUGGAUCUCUAAUUGAAGUACUGGAUAAAUGCUGCACAGCUUUUGGAAAGAGAUUAAUACGGGAAUGGAUCUGCAGGCCAUCUUGUCGCAAGAGUGUCAUUAUCGAACGACAAGAAGCUAUAACUCAGCUGUUGGAUAAUCCAGACAUUGUUGCAAAAGUCCGGAGUAAAUUAAGUACCUUGCCAGAUAUGGAGCGAUUAUUAAGCAAAGUUCACGCUUAUGGAAAUGCAGCUAAUCUACAAAAUCAUCCAGAUAGUCGUGCCAUAUUGUUCAGUGCAGAUAUUAUUUCAAAGAGAAAAAUCAAUGAUUUCAUAGCCAUGAUAAACAGUUUUGAUGAAAUCUUAUCAAUAAUCGAAAAAUUUUCUGAUUUUAAUUCUUCAUUGAUUACCAAAUGUACCAAGUUGGAACCGAAGGGUGACUUCCCUGAUCUAAAAGAAACCUUGGAUCAUUUUAAAAACGCUUUCAACCACGAACAAGCCAAAAAAGAGGGCUUCAUCAUCCCUAAACACGGCGUCGAUCGAGAAUACGAUGAGGUUUUGCUAGAAUUAGCUCAGAUUAAAGAGGAGUCUGAUGCUUACUUGAACAAACAGAAGAAACAUUUUGGUGACCAAAUUGAAUACUGUGGUGGCAACAAAAAAAGAUUCCAAAUCAAGAUCCCUCUUAGUCAAAUAAACAAAAUUGACCAUAGCUACGAAUACCAAGGUUCGAAAAAAGGAUUUAAAAAUUUUUCCACGUCAAAAACUAGGGAAUUCCUCGCCAGACAGAUUGCCGCUGAAGAACAAAGAGACAAAGUCUUAGGGGACAGUAAUCGCAAAAUUUUUGCCAAGUUCAGCAAAGAGUUUGACAAGUGGAGCAUUGGAAUUUACAAUAUUGCUGUUCUCGACUGUUUGAUCUCCUUGACGGAAUAUGCCCGAACCUGCGAUGUUUGCAUUCCGACUGUUUAUGAUGACACGGACGGUGAUGAGAUAAUGAUUGAAAUAAGAGAUGGAAAACACCCGUGUAUACCGUCCAACAACUUUAUCCCUAAUGACACUUUAAUUGCUACGAAAGAAACUGCUCCAUUAAUACUCUUAACAGGUCCCAACAUGGGUGGUAAAUCUACGCUUAUGCGGCAAGUUGGACUCAUCACAGUGAUGGCACAAAUUGGAUGCCACGUUCCUGCAAGCGCUUGUCAAUUAACACUCGUCGAUCGCAUAUUUACCCGUCUUGGAGCAAACGACGAUAUUAUGGCUGGUCAAAGUACAUUCCUGGUUGAGUUGAGUGAAACUGCAGCUAUACUACAACAUGCAACAACUCACUCGCUCGUUCUUUUGGAUGAAUUGGGCAGAGGCACAUCCACUUACGAUGGAACGGCUAUCGCGGCUUCAGUGGUCGAUGCUCUUACAAAGAAAAAGUGCAGGACACUUUUCUCAACUCACUAUCAUUCUCUUGUUGAAGACUUCAAAGACAGUGCCAACGUUUCUUCCGCUCACAUGGCUUGUAAGAUAGAGAAUGAGGACGAAGGUGAAGUUACGGAACAAAACGUGACUUUCUUAUACAAGCUGAGCCAGGGUGCUUGCCCCAAAUCCUAUGGCUUCAAUGCUGCUAGACUGGCUGGCAUACCUGCACACAUAACUAAGCGAGCCCAGGAAAUAGCAACCAAACUAGAAAACGAAGUAAAUCUUCGACAUGCCUUUACUACUCUUUGUAAAAUUAAGGACGGCCCAUCCAUCAAAAACGUAAUCAAGAAUUUGAAAACUCUGUAAAAAGUGUUAGAAACUGUUCAUGUUUAUUUUACAUUCAACCAAGUGUAAUAGAUCAAAACUACUUAGAUUUAUUUUUUUACUUUCAUACAUGUAUUCCUCGAUUCAUUAGUUCCUUUCCAGUGUUACCAAAUGUACAAAAGUAUAAAAAUGUUAUACAAAGAUAGCGUAAAAAUAUAAAGUUACCUUCACUGUUGUAUUGAGCUCAAUAUACAUUUAUUUUAUAA